AUGCUCUCCAACUUGGACAAUGCAUCCGGCCCACAAAUACGACAGCUACGUGAGAAAUAUAUCAGUGCAUCUGAAGCACGGGAAACCGCUGUUCGACGGGCCGUUCACGCCCGACUGGAAAACGCCCCCCUUCGUCUAAUAAACACCUACUGGACGUUUAUGCAAUCGAGACGCACAGAUCAUCAGGAAACCGUAAUUCAUUACAGAGUCUUACAGAGCGCUCUGCAGCACUCUGUAGUGAAUUACAUUUUCCCGAUGAUCAACGCAUUCAUUGACAGCAUAGAAUACAAGGAGCUUUUUCCUCUAUCAGUAAUGCAUGGGCCCCUCCAAACGGAGCUCAUCAAAGAAGCGGUGGCGAAAUAUUUCAGUUGGGUCAUGUUGUCCCAUAGGUGGGAAAGGACGGAGCCGCUACUGCACGACAUUCAGGACAGGGACAUAUACGACUUAGAUCCAGUUGGAACCUUCGUGAAGUUGCAGAAGUGCUGCGAAGUUGCGCGCGAGGCGGGGUAUCGCUGGGCGUGGAGCGAUACAUGCUGUAUCGACCAGAACAACAAUGUUGAGCUCCAGCAAUCAGUCAACUCCAUGUUCAUCUGGUAUCACUACUCAGCGCUCACCAUCAUCUACCUAUCCGAUGAUUGGAACACGCGAGGAUGGACCGUUGAGGAGUUCCUCGCUCCUAAAAUUGUUCUCUUCUACCAAGCAGACUGGACCCUAUAUCUCGACAACCGCUCACGCAACCACAAGCAGUCUGUCAGUAUCAUGAAGGAGUUGGAGCGUUCAACUGGCAUAAAUGCGCAGGCGCUCGUCGACUUCCGUCCAGGGACAAGAGAUGCCCGAGAAAAACUUCAAUGGGCAUCAAUGCGUAUCACUACGUUGCAGGAAGACAUCGCGUAUUCGCUGUUUGGGAUCUUCGGCGUCCACCUUCCUGUAAUAUACGGAGAAAACCGACAGAACGCACUCGGACGUCUCCUACAGGAGAUCAUAGCUCAUUCGGGCGACAUCACGGCCCUUGAUUGGGUCGGACAAUCGUCCGACUUCAAUAGUUGUCUCCCAGCUGAGAUUCUUCAUACAAAACACCGUCAUAAUUCGGUCUCCACGCUGCGAAACAAUGUGGCUGUGGAGUCAACCACCAAAUUGUAUGACACUCUUGAGAACCUCAACGCUCCUCGUUUUGCAAACGCCAGACUGCCAUUGCCUUGCAUCGCAUUUCCUCUCAAAGAAGUCAGGCGGAGUCUUGAUGAAGACGGAGAUAAACGUUUCACAUAUGAAGUCAAAGCAGAUGGGCUACAACACCUGGUGGUCACAACGGAAGAUAAGCUUGUUCAAUUCUCACCUGCAAGGUGUACUCGGCAGAUAUUCUUGCUCGACCGUCCGCGGAAUCGGUAUGAUCUCGAGUUGGUCGACUUUACAGAUGAGUCGCAGAGCGUGGACGAUUGGUCUGAUGAGCUUGGAGAUGACGAGCUGGUCGCCAGAGGGUUGAGGUUGCUCAUUCGCCUUGCUCGUCCUUUCGGGGCACUUUUACUAGCGCAACAGCGUGGUGGGGAGUAUAAGAGAAUCGCUUCGGAUAAUCAUAUCAUCGCACAAGUCAGGGACACGGCAUCUGUUGAUAACUUGAUGAACAUCAGGACGCUGGCGAUAUUGUAG